AUUGCCAAGCAACGUUGGAGUAGCUCGGCGCCCCAAACGAGCAGGUCGAUGCCUGAGGAUUGAAUGGAGAAAUCCCAAAGUGAGCCGGGGCGAACUGUGGAGGAGGGGCGCGCCGCGGCCCGAGCCGCCGGGCCCUGAUGGGCGGGAGCGGGGUGGAGCGGCAGCGCCUGCCACGCAGCCCUGGGCGCUGGGCUCCGUGGCCGCGCUCCCGAGACAGCCGCGGGUCCAGGCAGGUGGGGGAGGGUGCUGCUCCCGUCCUGAGGUGCCAGGAGCCACCAGCAGCCAUCCAGGUGACUAAGCCGGCCCACAGGCAUUGAGUCACCACCCGCCCUGAGCUGUUCCUGCUUCUCCUUUGCAUCUGAUUAUUUUGGGAGCUGGAAACUUGGAGCUGCACCUGAGUCCCGCCCCUUCUAGCUCCCCCCUCCCUACCUUGGGCUCCAGGAAGAUGGGACGUGCUGUGAGUCUGCUCCCACCCCCUAAAGAUAUGGAAGAUGCUGUGGGGCCCAGAGGUGCCCACGGGGCUGUGGCAGCAGGCAGAGUGCAAUAGCAGAUAUGGUGGUCAGGCUGCCGGUGUGUGUCCUCUGGAGGUGUCGGGACAGAAGGGCCGUCUUGUCCGAGAUGACUGGAGUCCUUCCGGGCUGGCUCUGAACUCAUCUCCCACGGGGAUGUUUCUGUAAAGGAGUGGCUUCUGGGGUCGGAGUGGCAUUUGGAGAGCGAGGCUGGAUUGGCUUAGACUGGCCUGGGCAGGGAGUGCCGCUUCCUGGGUUAGAGACAAGCACCAGCCUGCAGUGGAGAACGCAGGGCCCCGCUGCCCAGAAGAAGCAGUCACGGCCUGCGGAGGACUGGCCCAGGAAGGUCCCAGGUCUUCCCUCUCCUCCGCGCCUCAGAGAGCAGUCCACUGAGGGGUGAGGAGUCGCGAGGCAGAGGCGGAAGGCACCAGUAGGCACCAUGUUCCGCAAGAAAAAGAAGAAACGCCCUGAGAUCUCAGCCCCACAGAACUUCCAGCACCGUGUCCACACCUCCUUCGACCCCAAAGAAGGCAAGUUUGUGGGCCUCCCCCCACAAUGGCAGAACAUUCUGGACACACUGCGGCGCCCCAAGCCUGUGGUGGACCCUUCGCGAAUCACGCGGGUGCAGCUCCAACCCAUGAAGACAGUGGUGCGCGGCAACGCGGUGCCUGUGGACGGCUACAUCUCGGGACUGCUCAAUGACAUCCAGAAGCUGUCAGUCAUCAGCUCCAACACCCUGCGUGGCCGCAGCCCCACCAGCCGGCGGCGGGCACAGUCCCUGGGGCUGCUGGGGGAUGAGCACUGGGCCACCGAUCCAGACAUGUACCUCCAGAGCCCUCAAUCUGAGCGCACUGACCCCCAUGGCCUCUACCUCAGCUGCAACGGGGGCACACCAGCAGGCCACCAGCAGAUGCCACGGCCCGAGCCACAGAGCCCACGGGUCCUUUCCAAUGGGCUGGCUGCAAAGGCUCAGUCUCUGGGACCCGCUGAGUUCCAGGGCGCUUCGCAGCGCUGUCUGCAGCUGGGUGCCUGCCUGCAGAGCUCCCCACCAGGAGCCUCGCCCCCCACAGCCACCAGUAGGCAUGGAAUGAAGGCUGCCAAGCAUGGCUCUGAGGAGGCCCGGCCACAGUCCUGCUUGGUGGGCUCAGCCACGAGCAGGCCAGGUGGGGAAGGCAGCCCUAGCCCUAAGACCCAGGAGAGCAGCCUGAAGCGCAGGCUAUUCCGAAGCAUGUUCCUGUCCACUGCUGCCACAGCCCCUCCAAGCAGCAGCAAGCCAGGCCCUCCACCACAGAGCAAGCCCAACUCGUCUUUCCGACCGCUGCAGAAAGAAACCCCCCCAAGCCUGGUGGCCAAGGCCCAGUCCUUGCCCUCGGAUCAGCCGGUGGGGACCUUCAGCCCUCUCACCACUUCGGAUACCAGCAGCCCCCAGAAGUCCCUCCGCACAGCCCCAGCCACAGGCCCACUUCCAGGCCGGUCUUCCCCAGCGGGUUCCCCCCGUACCCGGCACGCCCAGAUCAGCACCAGCAACCUGUACCUGCCCCAGGACCCCACUGUCGCCAAGGGCACCCUGGCUGGUGAGGACACAGGUGUUGUGACGCAUGAGCAGUUCAAGGCAGCGCUCAGGAUGGUGGUGGACCAGGGCGACCCCCGGCUGCUGCUGGACAGCUACGUGAAGAUUGGCGAGGGCUCCACCGGCAUCGUCUGCUUGGCCCGGGAGAAGCACUCGGGCCGUCAGGUGGCCGUCAAGAUGAUGGACCUCAGGAAGCAGCAGCGCAGGGAGCUGCUCUUCAACGAGGUGGUGAUCAUGCGGGACUACCAGCACGUCAACGUGGUGGAGAUGUACAAGAGCUACCUGGUGGGCGAGGAGCUGUGGGUGCUCAUGGAGUUCCUGCAGGGAGGAGCCCUCACAGACAUCGUCUCCCAAGUCAGGCUGAAUGAAGAGCAGAUCGCCACUGUAUGUGAGGCUGUGCUGCAGGCCCUGGCCUACCUGCAUGCCCAGGGCGUCAUCCACCGGGACAUCAAGAGCGACUCCAUCCUGCUGACCCUCGAUGGCAGGGUGAAGCUCUCGGACUUCGGAUUCUGUGCUCAGAUCAGCAAAGACGUCCCUAAGAGGAAGUCCCUGGUGGGAACCCCCUACUGGAUGGCUCCUGAAGUGAUCUCCAGGUCUUUGUAUGCCACUGAGGUGGAUAUCUGGUCUCUGGGCAUCAUGGUGAUUGAGAUGGUGGAUGGGGAGCCACCCUACUUCAGCGACUCCCCAGUGCAAGCCAUGAAGAGGCUCCGGGACUGCCCCCCGCCCAAGCUGAAAAACUCUCACAAGGUCUCUCCCAUGCUUCGAGACUUCCUGGAGCGGAUGCUGGUACGGGACCCCCAAGAGAGAGCCACAGCCCAGGAGCUCCUAGACCACCCCUUCCUGCUGCAGACAGGGCUGCCCGAGUGCCUGGUGCCCCUGAUCCAGCUCUACCGCAAGCAGACCUCCACCUGCUGAGCCCACCCUGAGUACACCUGCCACCUGUGCCCACAGGCAGGGCACACUGGGCAGCCAGCCUGCCAGCAGGGUUUGCCUGCCUCGUUUUCUCAGUAUUCUCUCCAAAGAUUGAAAUGUGAAGCCCCAGCCCCACCCUCUGCUCCUCAGCCUACUGGGCCAGGCCGGACCUGCCCCCUUAGUGUCUCUCCCUCCCAAAUCCCCAGGUGGAGACCCCUUCCACAGGAUGACCCCUUGGUAUUUGCACAGGGAUAUUUCUAAGAAACGCAGAGGCCAGCAUUCCUGGCCCCUGCAGCCCACACAGCAGAAAAGGCUGCUGUGGUUUUUUAAAGGUAGUUGUACACUAGUGUCCUAGGCCACUGCGGAGGCCAGACUGCUGGUCUCCACACAGAUACUUGCUGUUCUCAGCUUCAGCUUCAAACCUCGGGUCUCCAGAGGGCCACAGCAAUGGUUUUCAUGACCUGAACCCUGUUUCCUCCGAGUGAAAGAGAAAGAAUGGGGUCAGUGGUGAAGGUGCUCUCACUUUACAGAAUGGAGAGAACGUGUGUGUGUGUGUCUGACAGCCCAGGCCCCUUCAGGUCACCCACAGCCAGCUCCAGGAAGGCUGCCCCAUCCUCUCUCCCACUAAGUUCUGGCCUGAAGGGGCCUGCUUUCUUGGCCUGGCUUCCACCUCUCCAGUCCUGUGUCAACCUGACCAGCGGUGUGGUCCGUACUGAGUCCAGCAUAUCCUGGGGGCUUAGGAGGUUUCUGAGCUUCUCCCGGACUGUGCAGUGUGAGGGCAGAGACAGGAAUGUAAGGAAUGGUAACUGUUUUACCUUUCAAGUUUUUCUCAAUCACAAGGUCAUCAGGGGAACCAUUGUUCUCUUCAGAACCCUGUCUGGGAGAGAAGGUGAACCGCCUCUGGGUUUCGUCAAGUCAAGGUCAGGAGCGCCCAUUUGUGCAAACCGUCUGCCCCGGCUGCCUCCGCAGACAGCUGUCUCCUUGUUCUUCUCCGCCCCCAACUUCAGGGCUGCUGUGAGACUGAAAUGCCGGGAAAGAACUUCAGGUGUCUGGACCCUUUCUAUCUAGAUAAUAUUUUUAGAUUCUCUGCUCCCUAGUGACCUUCCUGGGGGCAAAGACAUUGCAAGGACUUUUUUUUUAAAGGUCAGAGUUUUCAAAACAAAAGCAUCUUCCCUAGAAAUUUUUGUGAAUUGUUGCACUUGUGCCUGUUUUAAAUUAACUUGAGUGUUCAAAGCCA